AUGUUCAAGCCGAAACCCCAUCGGGCUCUAAAGAACCAGUCCAGUUCCACGAGUGUAUCAGAUCUAACGCCGUUCAAUGCCACUUCGCAUUUGUUUCGAAUAUGUGUCCUUGGAGCAAGGUCGUGCGGUAAAACCUGCUUAAUAGAGAGGUUCGUCGACGGGUUAUACAACACAGAGACAGAACCUACCAUCGAAGACACGUAUGAAGUUAUCACAAAAAUGGGCAAUGAAAUGGUCACUACCCACAUCCUUGAUACCGCCGGAGAGGAGCUAAGUUCCGGAAUGUACAGUUCAUAUAUCAAGAAAGCUGACGGAUUUGUAGUUUGCUACAAGGUGCAAGAUCAUCAGUCCUUUACGGUCGCGUGCAAAAUGAUGGCCGAAAUACGAAGAUUACGUUACGAAGAUGUCCCCCUCAUACUGGUGGGGAAUGAUUUUAGCGGAUCAGACAAUCCAACUGUGGUAGUGACGAAGCAAGAAGUAAACGAUCAAUGCAAUCUACAUCAAAUACAACAGAGGUAUUCGAUAUCAGCGGAAAAUCAUACUAAUGUAUCUGCACCGUUCGUGCUUAUAGCGCAGCUUCUGCUAAAGAAUCCACCUCCCAAAAAGCGGAAAGAUAAAAUUCCCGGAGAGGAGUAACCCGUAGACUCAUAUGGAAGAAAGGAUCAACAAAUGGAUAAUUGUUGACUCAGCCUCAUCAAUAAUUAAAAUAUAUUUAGAUAUCACGUACUCAAGAAAUUAGGAGCCGCAGACAUUAAAAC